AUGCAAUCAUUAGUGCUUCCCCCUUCAUCCUUCAUCGCCACGGAAUUUGGACAUCCCAGAUUCGAUCCGGUACCGGACCGGCUUCCCUUGAAUCUGUCCCGAUCAACAAAUGCUCGACGCUGCACUCCGCGGGACCUUCCUCUCCCUCGCUCUAUGUCCGACUCGGUCCCGGCAGAGGACCCGCUGGACACUUCUGCAAACGUCCGACGAUUUGGUCAUCCGGAGCUUCCCCAGCCAGUGACGACUGUGGCCUCUUCGUCGGCGUCGUCAACCGCAGCCACGAUACCAGCCGGAGCAGCGCCGGGCUCCCUUCUCAUCUCCGGAUCGCCCGCCACCACGGCGACCGUUCACGAGUCGCCCUUGCAUCGCGUGGCCCCCGCUCAGGGUGACGACUUCUCGCGACCAGUCUUUGGCCUCGCUGAUACCUUUUCGGCGUCGCGGUUACCACCGACACUGGGAAGUCAGGUCCCGCCGCCACCUCCUUCCGCACCGACCUAUUCGCAGACGACCUUCGGGCCCUCAUCGUCUCCGGCAACGGGCGCUCGUGGAAUACCCCAGAAGCCUACGAGACGGACUAAGGCCCACGUUGCGUCGGCAUGCGUGAACUGCAAGAAGAAGCAUUUGGGUUGCGAUCCGGCUCGACCUUGUCGAAGAUGUGUCUUGUCGGGAAAAGAAGCCACUUGCGUUGACGUGACGCACAAGAAGCGAGGGAGGCCCCCCUUGAAAGCCGAAGAGGCUUCCCUUCGAUCGUAUCCAGCCCAAGUGGACAGUGGAGCGACGCCGGGGGGACUUCACGGACACCAGUCGAGACGCGCCAUGCAUCGAGCCACAUCUUCCCGAGAAAUUCGACCGAUGACAGACCUGCAAAUCCCCAGCGGACCACCCGGUGUGAUGGGACUCCGAGCAGCGCCCAUGCCGCCGCACAAGUGGCCGCCUUCAGUGUAUCCCUCGAACCUCGACCCAGCCCUAACGAUGCAAAGAAACAUCGGCCACAGGCGAUUUUCCUCAUCCGGCUCGGUUCAAUCCAUCACGUCAGCCUCGCCCCCGGGUUUCAUCCCCAUCCCGGGUGCAUACAACCCUGCGCUCGGGCAAGGCCGCAUGCCCGUCGGGGUGGCAAGACCACUUUCAUCGUACGGAAACCAGGCGUUCCAUCCAGCCGCGUCACCUCCGCAAUAUCAGCAAGCUUACGGCCAUCCGGUGUCUUCACCCUAUGCCGACAGUGCGAGAAUGGCAAAUCGGAUGGCAAUGGGCGAGCCGCCCAUGCGAGACCCCCGGGAAUCCUAUCUCGAAUCGCCCGUUCGACUGCCUCCGAUUUACCCUCCGACGAUGGCUAGCCCGAGCUCCGGGUCUCAGCAACCCCACCGAUCGAGUGAUCCCUAUUCGACGGGAUGGUCUCCGCGGGCUCGCGACGAAGGCUUCGAGCCUCGACAACCUAUGGCAGGCCAUGGAUUUCUAGAUCCGAUUUCGCCCGCCAGUCAGAUGCGCCAGGCAAUGUCCGAGGUGAGCUAUGGCGAAACCGUCCCGCGAGCCUUGAGCGCCGUCGAUCCUGCCGUUCAGCGUCAUUCCUUGCAGCUGUCCUCUGGACGAGUCCGUGACGAAGAGCCAACGACUGAAGCUGAUGCAGGUGAAUCACGGCCGACGAAGAGGCGGAAAAUGGCCCUAGACGAUAUGGUGAAUGGCUAA